UCAAUUUUAUUUUAUUAAAUCCCAAGUCUUAGGGGUUUUCAUGGAAACAAGAAAAGAAAAAAUCUAAAAUAUUCUCUAUCGGCUUUACCCCUCCCCUCUCUCUCUCCCUCUCUCAGAUCAAUUCCUUGAGAAUUGGUAAAAUUUCAAAGGUUUAUCGAUUUCGCAUUGAUUUUAAAGGAUAAAUAGUUAUGUCUGCAAGAAAUCGUGGGCCACCGCCUCUUCCAAUGAAAGGGCCUCCUCAUGCUGGACUACUGCCUCCGAUUCAUGAACCCCCAUAUGCUAGAGGCCUAGGUCCAAUGCCACCACACCCGGCUUUACUUGAUGAAUUUAGAGAAUCCCAAUUUGGCUUGGGUCCUAGAGGCCUGCCUCCCCACCCAGCAAUCAUUGAGGAGCGUCUUGCAGCUCAACUGCAAGAAAUUCAAGGCCUCCUGGCUGAUAAUCAGAGGCUGGCAGCAACUCAUGUUGCGUUAAAGCAGGAAUUGGAGGCUGCUCAGCAUGAGUUACAGCGUAUGGCUCAUUAUGCAGAUUCGUUGGGGAUGGAGAAGGAUGUUCAGAUGAGGGAGAUGUAUGAGAAGUCGGUUCGAUUGGAGGCUGAUCUUCGUGGAGUGGAGGCUAUGCGAGCUGAGCUUGUUAAGGUUAAUGCUGAUAUCAAGCAGCUUAAUGCUGUGAGGCAGGAUCUUACUGGUCAGGUUCAGGUUAUGAGUCAAGAUUUGGCUAGAUUUACUGGUGAAUUGCAACAGGCUCCUGCAUUGAAGGCAGAGAUUGAAAAUGUAAAGCAGGAACUGCAACGUGCAAGAGCUGCCAUUGAGUAUGAGAAGAAAGGAUAUGCUGAGAAUUAUGAACAUGGUCAGGUGAUGGAGAAAAAAUUGAUCUCAAUGGCUCGGGAGUUGGAAAAACUUCGUGCAGAGAUUGCUAAUGCAGAUAAGAGAACUCGUUCCGCUGGUAGUACUGGUGGUAAUCCUGUAGUAGCUGGUUAUAAUGCAAAUUAUGGAAACCCUGAAGCUGGAUAUACUGGAAACACUUAUCCUGUCAACUAUGGCCUGAAUCCUGGUGGUAUGGAUGGUUAUCCUCAGUAUGGACCUGCUGCUGGUUCCUGGGUUGCAUAUGACAUGAAGAGAGCUCAAGGACAUCGCUAAUGUGAUUUUUCAAAUCAUGCUAAGAUGAUUCAUAUGGUUUACAAACUUGUACCCUGCAAAUUUUCUGCUUCAGUGAUUAUCCAAUGAUGCAUGAGGUAUGUUAGCUAGCACUGUAGACAUUUCAUUGUUUUGCAUAGUUGGAUAUCACUAAAAGAGUCCUAGAAGAUAUUUAUAUGUGUAGUUUUCUUUUGAAGGAUUGAGCUCCUAGUAGCAAGCCAGGUUGGUUGAUCGCAGAAGGCCAUGUAGAUAGUGUCCCUUCUUGUGUAGCUUUUUUAAUGUCAAAUAGCCUAUCAAUAAUAAUCAUUAUAGCGGGCUGGACUUUUAUUUGAAUGAAGAUUGCAAAUAGGCUUUACAUCUUCUAAAUUAGUAAUUAUAGUUUUCUAAACAAACCUGCCCACUGUUAAAUAUAUGAAGUCCUCCUAAGGUUAAGCUAUCUAAUUUUUUGUGGCAUGAUGAAUUCUAGCUACAUUAUGCAUUUGUAGAUAAAAGACACCUAGGGCAUUUCAAGAAGAGUUGCAGCAACAUUAAGGAAUAAAUACAGAAGUUGGAAAACAUAAAAGACACCGAGGUGUUAUGCAUAUCCUUGCCUUCCGGCGGCAUUUGUAGAUAAAAGACACGUAGGCUAUUUCAGGUAGAGUUGCAGCAACAUGGGGAAAAUAUAAACAAAUGUUGGAAAACAUAAAACAAACCUAGAAUUUCAGAUGCUAUGCAUGUCCUUGUGAUCCAACAUUUGCAGAAAACAGUUGGCUUACCUAAAACUGUUUCAAUCUCUUUCCUAUGGGAUGAAAGUUGUACCUGAAUAGAGGUCCUUGUGAGAUGCAAGAAGGCAAUCCAAGAGGUUUACAAUUUCCUCCAUAAAUAACAAGUCUUCCUCAUUGAGAGGAUGACUAAUGUUAAAAUGAUUAGGCAAAUCACGUAAACAAUAUCAGGUUCAAGGUUUCAAAGGAGGGAAAGUGGCUUAAUGGCACAAGCAUGUGUUUCCUAAUAUUGAAACGAUUAGGCAAAUCCCAUAAAUGAUAUCAGGCUCAAGUUUUGAUACGAGGGACAAUGGCUUAAUAACACAAGCAUGUAUUUCUUAGAAGAAAAAUUUUGCAAACAUUCAAAAUGUGUGCAAACUAGCUCCUAUAGCCCUACUAUUUAUAUUUGCUACAAGUUUAUGGUCCCUAUAGCAAGACUAAUUCCCAAUUGCCUUGUUUUCUGUUGCCACCAAUAUCACUUAUCAGUAAACACCAAAACUGUGAUUACUACUUCAGUAUGAGGAUGAAAAACAUAUAUCAGCCUAGCUAGAACUUUACAUCUACUUUCUAAUAUUCAAUAAAAUUUUCAGGACUUCUUGUUACUCUUUUCACUUAAUUUAGAUAUACAUCUUAUAAAAAUUUGACUCUGAUUCUAUGAUCAUAUAUCAUACUCCAUUUUUGAAGUGUUUGCCUUUAAGACACUUUAAAUAUGAGACAAUAAUACCCAUAUUUACCAAAGAGUUAGAGAUUCAAGAUCAUACCCUAGCCUUAGGUAGAUAAAAUCAUCAAGUGUUAAUGAUUUUGACCAAGAUUUCACUUUCCAAUUGCAUUUACUCCCAAAUAAUGUUAGCUGUUGGUGCAGAGAAAAAGGAUUAUUCUGUUGUGUUCCUAAUAGUUCCAGGCAAACUUUUACAAAUUCUGCCUAUAUGGCUCAUAAUGGGCUUAGAGCUCGGUAAAUAAGCAAUUUUAGUAUUUGAAUUUCACGUAAAUGGCCAUAUUGUUCUCAAAAUUGGUUUAGAUUUAGUUGAGAGAGGCAGAGAGAUUGAUAAAUGAAGAUAAAAUCCUUACUAGGGAGUAACAUAGACUUAACUAAGCAGCUUAGAUCAUAAAUUCUCUACUAACUCGUGAAACAAAAUCUUGAACUGCCAAAAUUGAAAUUGUAACAAAAAAAUUCGAUGGCUGUGUAUCAUAGCAUAUUUCAAAGGUCAUUUAUGACUUGAUUAACUAUUCACAUUCACUUGGCAAAGUGCCUUUGAAAUUUAAACCAUGGGCACAUAUUCUUUGCAGUUACACCCUAAAGUCACCUCAAAAUUAUUAAUUCAGUACAACGCAUGACUUUUUUUUUUUCUAAAUGCUUUUAUGUUGGUUAACCUAUAUUGAUGAAUUGA